UAUGCUAGAGCAUUACUGGUCAUGUGGUAUAUUCUCAAUGCAGCUGCUAUCAUUCUUGGGAGAACAGCUAACCGACUGCGUUGGUUUUGAGAGAAAACUGCGUUAUGAACUUCUUUAAAACAAAGGCCGAGCAAAACAAAAGAAAACAAAUGCUAACAACUUACAGCAAAAUACAUUUUUGUAGGUGAAUUAUCAUCACUGCGAAGUUGGCCGGCCGAAAGUUCAUAACACAUGUGACAACCACGAGCAUAACAUUGUAAAUAUGCAUACAAGAAGACGAAUUUUGCGACAAAUGAAUUCGAAGUUUAUAGAUAAAUUGAUAAUAAUAUUUAUAGCAAGCAGUGUUUUCAUGGGAAAUUACUAUCUAUAUGUGGGACACUACAGCGAACAACUUCAGAAGGACGAGAAACACAAGUGCGUUUGUAGCAGAGAAAACAAAAAUGAUCCCGUCCUGUCAACCGCACUAGUUCCUGCAGUUACACAAAAAGAGGACAAAAAUGAUCCCAGCCUGCCAAGCACACUAGUUCCUUCAGUUACAAAAAAGACAAGAGAAUUCCGAAAUCUAAACUGUUCUGUGAUUAACUCAACCCAGAGUUUAUGGGCCACGGAUAAAACGGGUGAUCAUCUUUGCCCAAGCAGUGAAUAUCUAAGAAGUUCAGCUGUGAAUAUGCUUGGGCGAUAUCCUUGUAAACAAAGGCACAUGGCUAUUGGGUUGACGACGGUAACUCGGCCUGACGGUGUAGAAUAUCUUCCCCAAACGAUCCAAAGUUUACUGGACAACAUGAAUGACGAUCACCGAAAGCAAACAUUUAUAGUUGUAUUCCUCGCAGAUUUCGAAGAGCAAAAGAAGCAGGACACAAUAAAGAAACUGUCAAAGCUCUUUGACAAAGAAAUCAGAGAAGAUCUUUUGCAUGUAAUUAAAACAUCGCCAAAAUAUUAUCCCCGGCUAACGAGCCUCAGGCAGAAAUUUGGUGAUUCUCUGACAAGAAUUUACUGGCGUUCAAAACAGAACAUAGAUUUUGCCUUUCUGAUGUGUUAUUGUUAUGAACUUUCUAGCUACUACCUGCAUGUCGAAGAUGACGUCAAAGCAUCUCCGAGUGUAUUUCAAAAGAUCCAAGAGUUCAUUUCAUCUCAAAAAAAGGCUUGGCCAAUGUUGGAUAUUUCUAGGAUGGGUCACACUGCAAAAGUUUAUCAGUCAGAGGAUCUCAGGAGCAUUGCAUCUUAUUUUUAUCUCAUGUAUGACGAAAUGCCCGGUGAUUGGUUGAUGAUGCACUGGCGAAAGGUCAUGGUACCUGACAAUGCAGAAUAUAUACUGCCAGCGGCUUCUUUUUUUCAACAUCUUGGUGCCCGUUCUUCGCUCAAAGAAAAGAGCCGUUUAAAAAAUUCGAUUUACAUGGAUAAAUACUUUGACGAGCACGAUCAAAAAUACAGCGGAAUGAACCCUUCAGCAGAAGUUUCUUCGUCCAUCCCAUCGAAAGAAGGGAAUCCUCAAGAUGCGUACCGAAGUGGACUUGGACACUUCUGGGGAAAAAACAUUAAGCGCGAUGACCAUGUAACUAUAAAGUUUAAUUCCUCCGUCACUGUUAGAAAAGUGUUUGUGGAUACUGGGUCAAAUCUAGCCAUGAAAGAUUUUCUGAGGUCUGGUGUUUUGCAGGCAAGCUUCAGUGUCUCUGGCACAAACUCGUCGUCAUGUGGAAAGUUUGACACAGUUGUCCCAUUUAAAGAUGGCAGAGCUCAAGUUAUUUUUACAAACAAAAAGAUUGAUUGUUUACGAAUUUUGGUUACCAAGAAUCAAAAUGAGAGGCUCUUUCUGAGGGAAAUAGACGUUUGGGAAGAGAAACAGUAAAGAAAUGUACGAUCUGAAUGGCCGUUGUAUAGCUCGUGAAUGAAAUGUGGAGCAACUCGAAGACAAAUUCCACAUCUAUGCACGUUUAUUUAUUAUUCGCUAUGUGAAACACCUCUUCAUUAAGUUAAAUUCUCUUAAGCUAGCUGAGUGGUAGAACACUGUUCUGACCUUGAGAUCCAAACGUUUCAAGUUCCCAAGCUCAUAACAAUCACUUACAACUUUCAGUUUGAUUCAAAGACGUUUUUACUCUACUGAAUACUACGACUUGCUAUCAAUUUACUUAUUUUUUCUCAAUUUGGAAAAAUUUUUAUUAUUUGAUACAUUUUGAUAUAUUUGUUAAACUUUGAAUUCCUUUGAAUGAUCAAGUUGCAUCUUGGGUACCACGAAGUUUUGAUGAAACAUGCAAUAAUAAUGUCUACCCAAAUAAUUUAUGCGCUUCAUUGUAAACCUUUUAUGAUGCAAAACUAAGCUAAUACUUACUUGACAAUGAGAUCCGACGGUGUCGAAACGUCGUAAGUUUCUUUCGCUGAUUUUUGUGCUGAAAUAUUCCCUCAGGCCUUAACGAUUCAAUUUUAUUUAAAUAACGGAAACUCCUGAAAUGAGUUCUAUCCAUCCCUAAUAAAGGUUAAGGAACUAGCCCUGUAACCGA